CCUUCGCGGAUUACAUCCUGAUGGAGCCCAGCGAGGAGUACGCUCCCAUCUUCGCCAUCAUGCAGGAGAAGAUCUACAUGAGUAAAAUCGUCGUCGAGUUCCUGCAGAACAACCGCGACGUCAGCUACGAGGACCUGCUCAACAAAAUCGAGACCACCGUGCCUCCCGCGGGGCUCAACUUCAACCGCUUCACAGAGGACUCGCUCCUGCGACAUGCCCAGUUCGUGGUGGAGCAGGUGGAGAGCUACGACGAAGCCGGGGACAGCGAUGAACCCCCCGUCCUCAUCACCCCCUGCAUGAGGGACUUGAUCAAGUUGGCCGGGGUCACCCUGGGGAAGAGGCGAGCUGUCAGGCGGCAAGCCAUCCGGCACCCCACCAAGAUAGACAAGGACAAGGGUCCCACCAAAGCCACCACCACCAAGCUGGUGUACCUCAUCUUCGACACCUUCUUCUCGGAGCAGAUCGAGAAGGACGAGAAGGAGGACGACAAGGAGAACGCCAUGAAGCGCCGGCGCUGCGGCGUCUGCGAGGUCUGCCAGCAGCCCGAGUGCGGGAAGUGCAAGGCUUGCCAGAACAUGGUGAAGUUUGGGGGCAGUGGACGGAGCAAGCAGGCUUGUUUGCAGAGGAGGUGUCCCAACUUGGCCGUCCGGGAAGCUGAUGAGGACGAGGAGGUGGAUGACAACAUCCCCGAGAUGCCGUCGCCCAAGAAGAUGCUGCAGGGCAGGAAGAAGAAGCAGAACAAGAGUCGGAUCUCCUGGGUGGGGGAGCCCAUCAAGAGCGAUGGGAAGAAGGACUACUACCAGCGGGUCUGCAUCGACUCGGAGACUCUGGAGGUGGGAGACUGCGUCUCCGUCAGCCCCGACGACCCCACCAAGCCCCUCUACCUCGCCAGGGUGACAGCCAUGUGGGAGGACAGCAGUGGGCAGAUGUUCCACGCGCACUGGUUCUGCCCCGGCUCGGACACCGUCCUGGGGGCCACCUCUGACCCCCUGGAACUCUUCUUGGUGGACGAAUGCGAGGACAUGCAGCUCUCCUACAUCCACGGCAAAGUCAAAGUGAUCUACAAGGCGCCCUCGGAGAACUGGUCGAUGGAGGGCGGGCUGGACAUGGAGAUCAAGAUGGUGGAAGACGACGGGAGGACUUACUUCUACCAGAUGUGGUACGACCAGGAGUACGCUCGGUUCGAAUCCCCCCCGAAAACUCAGCCCACGGAAGACAACAAAUACAAGUUCUGCAUGAGCUGCACGCGCCUGGACGAGGUGAGGCACAAGGAGAUCCCCAAAGUGGCUGAGCCUCUGGAGGAAGGCGACGGGAAGAUGUUCUACGCCAUGGCCACCAAGAACGGGGUGCAGUACAGGGUGGGGGAUGGCGUCUACCUCCUGCCGGAAGCCUUUUCCUUCAGUAUGAAACCCGCCAGCCCAGCCAAGCGCCCCAAAAAGGAGGCAGUGGAUGAGGAGCUGCACCCGGAGCACUACCGCAAGUACUCGGAGUACAUCAAGGGCAGCAACCUGGAUGCCCCCGACCCUUACCGCGUGGGCCGCAUCAAAGAGAUCUUCUGCAACAUCCGCAGCAACGGCAAACCCAACGAGGCCGACAUCAAGCUGCACAUCUGGAAGUUUUACAGACCCGAAAACACGCACAAGUCGAUGAAAGCCAGCUACCACGCGGACAUCAACCUCCUGUACUGGAGCGACGAGGAGACGACGGUCGACUUCCACGCCGUGCAGGGCCGUUGCACGGUGGUGUACGGGGAAGACCUGACCGAGAGCAUCCAGGACUACUCCGCUGGCGGGCUCGACCGCUUCUACUUCUUGGAGGCUUACAACGCAAAAACCAAGAGCUUCGAGGAUCCCCCCAACCACGCUCGGAGCUCUGGCAAUAAAGGGAAGGGGAAGGGCAAAGGGAAAGGUAAGGCUGCUCGCGGGGGGAGGUCUCGGACGUCGCUCCGUCCUCGCUCCCGUGUUCCUCUCUCUCCUCGCAGCUACUGCGACUACUACAGACCGCGGUUCUUCCUUCUGGAGAACGUCAGGAACUUCGUGUCCUUCAAGCGUUCCAUGGUGCUGAAGCUCACCCUGCGCUGCCUCGUCCGCAUGGGUUACCAGUGCACCUUCGGGGUCCUACAGGCUGGGCAGUACGGCGUGGCCCAGACGCGGCGGAGAGCCAUCGUCCUCGCCGCGGCUCCCGGCGAGAAGCUGCCCAUGCGGCGGUCGGACGGCACGACCACGCGCAAGCUGCGGUACACGCACCACGAGAAGAAAAACGGCCGCAGCAGCUCCGGGGCGUUGCGGGGGGUCUGCUCCUGCGCCGAAGGCAAGCCCUGCGACCCCGCGGAUCGGCAAUUCAACACCCUCAUCCCCUGGUGCCUGCCCCAUACCGGCAACCGGCACAACCACUGGGCCGGGCUUUACGGGCGCCUGGAGUGGGACGGCUUCUUCAGCACCACCGUCACCAACCCCGAGCCCAUGGGCAAGCAG